AUUGUCAUAUUGUAAUUAUCAAGCUGCACGUAAACCACUAAAUAAUAUGUCGUUUUACAUUGCAAAAACAGGAAAUUAAAAUGGGAAAUCUCCUUAAGUGAUUGACUGGAAUAUUAUCAGACGAUAUAUGAAAAACCGGGAUCUAAAUAGACCAGGUAAAGUUGCAAUGGUGCUUAGGAAAAGGUGACAUUUUGAGUAAUUUUUCAAUUUAAUUUAAUUACAUGGGUUGCGCUGCUUCGGGCGUUAGCCGAACGAUAAUGUUAUUUAAUAAAAGCGCACAUAAUUCACAAGAUGCCAGGGCCAUAUUGGAAAGAAAAUUGUAUAUAGCUAAGGAAUCUCCUGAACCUGAUUUUGAUUUAUCAGGAUGUAGUCUUCGACAGCUGCCCUCUGGAAUAUUUUCAAUAUGCAAAGUAUUUCGAAAAGACUAUCUUUAUUUACAAAAUAAUCGGCUGAAAUCCUUACAUGAAGGAGGUCAACUUUCAGAUUUGUAUUUGAUCAAAACUUUAAAUAUAAGCUACAACUGUUUUACUCAUUUACCAAAGAACAUUCGUUUUCUUUCAAGUCUUACUGAACUUCAUCUAAACAAUAAUCUAUUUGAGCAAAUACCAGAUGAAAUUAAAUUUCUAGUAGCACUUAAAGUAUUAGAUUUAUCAGCGAAUAAACUCAAAGUGUUAAAUCCUAGUCUUGGCAAUUUAAAGUCAUUAAGGAAACUGAACAUUACUGAAAAUAAAGAUUUGAAAGAAAUAUGUGUAGAGCUUUGCCAUGCCUCAAAUUUGAUAUCAAUUGAAUUGGAUUACAAUCAAUAUGUUAUGCCUCCUGCUACAGUAGCUAUAAAAGGCACAGAAGAGAUAAUGAAGUUUCUUUGUAAGGAAGCAAAUGUUGACUAUAUCCCACCAUUACCUCCAGAAACAGAGGUUUCAACAGUAGGUGGCCCUAACAAAAUACUUGACCCUUUUACAAAACAAAAAAUAACAUGGGAGGAACAAGAAGAAGCUAUGAAAAACAGUGAAAAGAAAAUCCAAAUAGCUAAUCAACAGCAAAGAGAAAAAGUUUUGUCAAAUCUUCUAAAAGAUCAGAUUAGUUUAGACAUAGAAAUUGCAAGAGUUCAAGAGUAUAGAGAAAUAGAAAAACAGAAACUCAUUCAGACAAUACAAAAAGAAGAAAAAGACAUUGAAUGUUUAAUAAAUAAUUUUGUGGCAUAUGAUAGAUGUAAACCUGAAGUCAUUCAACAGCAACAUGCUCAUGAACAGUUGGAACAUGAUCGAUUAUUGGAAAUAACUAGACAAAAUUAUGAUAAUAUCAAAAAAUGUGAUAUUUUAAAAGCAAUGGAAAAUCUUUUAGAAGAUAACUAUUCCAUGAUUAAACAUAAGAUGUUUUAUAAGGAUAAUUUAAAUAAUGUUAAACAAAGUCUUUUAAAUCAGGAGACUGAGAUUGAUGGGAAAUUAGCUGAGUUGUUAAGUGCAAAGGACCACUCUAGGGAAGCCCUUGUGCAGCAGCUUUUGGAAGAUCAAGAUGUACAAAAGGCAAUGGUAUCUUCUUUGCUUGAUCAAGUAGAUGCAAGGAGUUGGAGUCUGAAUCAAGAAAUAUCUUUUAUUUCAUCCCAUUUAGCAAAAUUGAGUGUUAUUGAACAAGAAAAGAAAAAAAUGCAUGUAAUGUACAACUACAAUGAACUUCUUAAUCAAAGAAUACAACUAGUUCAUUUGCUAGAUGAUCUGUUUGACCAAAGAAAUAAAAGAAGGAAACAGUUACUGGAAACUUUGAAUGAGGCUGAAAAUGAAAGUGAUUAUAAAGCAGAUUUUUGGCUGAGGAGUUAUCAGAAACUAUUGGAUACUGCCCCAAGAUCUUUGCUCAGCGCUGGUAAGACAUUGGAUCCAGUUUUGGCUAACUACCUAUUACAAGAGGGUGUAAUUCAUUGUCUACCAUUUCUGGUGCGAUUCAUAUUUUCUAAUAAGUCUUUAUUAAAUAUUAACCAAGAAGAUUUGCUGAAGUGUGGUGUAUCAUUGACUACAGAUCGUGAGAAUAUACUAAAAGCCAUACAACUUUAUUCCGAUUUUAAAAAUGAAAACUGCAAUAUGCCCCAAACAGUAGCAGGGGCAAGUGCUCCCCCUGCUGAUGAGGAUACUCAUUUGGGGGUUCUUGAUUCGGAUGAAAGUUUGAAUGAUGAUGGUGAGUGUGUUAUUUGCAUGGAAAAUAAAUCCCAAGUUGUAUUUGUGCCUUGUGGUCAUAUGUGUUGCUGUGAGAUAUGUUCUCAUAAAGAUAUAAGUACAUGUCCAAUGUGCAGAACGCAUAUAGAGAGAAUUAUUAAAGUUGUUGUGUCAUAGGUCAUUCAUAAUGAUAUAUUUUCUCAUGGAUAUUGCAUUCUAAGUUCUAUUUACCAUAUAUUUAAGUUUUAUACUUGCUAUACAAAAUUUUUAUUGUUUUAUUUAAGAUUUCUGUUUAUAUGAAUUAUAAAAGUUAUUUUAUGAAAUUUUAUAUAUGGAUGUGAUUACAUAGUCCCUAUGAAAACAUACGACAAAAUUAUCUCAGAUUUCUAAGUCAUUUGUUAAAUUUAUAUUUAUUGUUACUAAUCAUGAAUAAAAAUAUAAUGUUCUCAAUAAGAGAUGAUAAUGAUUUACAAAAAUAUAUGUUAAAGGCUGAAAAUUAUACUAUACCAAGGUUUUCACUUUAAUAAACAAGAAGGAUUUGAAGUUGUAUAAAAUUCAUGUUCUAUAUAAAUUAAUUUUUUUAAAAGAAUGUCAGUAUUAAACAUAAAUUUCUGUAAAUCAAGAAACAUUCUGAUGUAAUAAUUUAUGUACUCUUAAUUUGUAAGUGAAACUUUCUAUUUGUUUUUUUUUGUGAAAAGCGCUACAUUACAAGUGACCUGGUGAUAAGCAGAUUUAUAAUAACUUUAAUCAUAAAUAAUUUAUUCUCUUUAACAAUUGUCAAUUGUCCUAUUUAAAUUGUUUGCUUCUUUAUUACCUAAUUUAUUUAAAGGAAUAAAGUCCUUACGAUAUUGUUACAUAAUUGAGUAUAAAUUCAUUACAUUUUUCUUAUUUUAAAAUCAUUUAAAUAUAGUACUGUGAUUUAGUUAAGGUUAAUAUUCACAUGCACAAUUUUGAUAUAUACAUACAUAGGUACAUUUUAUCCUUAAACUAAGUACAUUUAUGAAUUGAUAAUAAUAUUGUAAUUGUAAACUGUAUGCAAGCUAAACUAUAAAUACAUAAGUAUAAGGUGACAGUUGCACUGCCUUCAAAUUCUAUUUUUGUGAUUACUAAUUGUGUGAAAUACAUAUAAUUAUUGAACUUUAUUAUUCAGGAAACACAUGAGGCUUAAUAAAACAUGCCAUAAUUGUGCUCAAUUAAAUAAUAAGUAAGCACUGGUAUUUUUGUCGAAUGUAAUAAAAAAUUGCAAAACAAAAAAAACAUUUCUUCAUUAAUAACUGGGUUGUAUGGUGUGUGUGUCUUUCUAAAUCUGUUCUGUAUAUCACUGUUCAAAAUAAUUAUCUUUCUUGGUUUUCAAUAUUAUAUUGAAUAAAUUAUUUAAUGCACAAAUGUCGUUUUGUAAAUUUUAUUUCAACUUCACUCCUGAUAAAACGCAAUUUAAAUAAGUAAUAUAGAGCUUUAGAUUAUAUUCUAAGA